UAACGAGAAGGGAACGCAUAUGUAUAAGAAGGGUCGUGUCAAGACGAGGAGAGGGGACCGGCAGAGCCUCGAGCAAUGACCAAGCGCAUACUCGUCUCACUGUCCACUGGCCGCCAAGGCACCGCCGUGGUCAAGGCUUUGGCGAAGCGCAACGAGACAAGCCCAGGGACGUACGAUAUCAUUGCCGCUACGCACAAUGCUUCGAGCGCCAAGGCAAAGGGCCUGGCGCAACUGCCAGGCGUUGAGAUAAUCGAGUGCGACUAUGAGCCCCGCGUCAUGUUUGACAAGGCGGGAACAAACCUCUAUGGAGUCUUUAGCGUCCAGCAAUCCUACGACAACCCGAGAGGCGGCGUCGCGGCAGAGAUCAGGGAGGCCAAGCAGAUGGCAGACGAGGCAGCAAAACGGGGCGUGAAGCACUUUGUCUACGCCUCUGUCGAUCGCGGUACCGUCGCCAACACCGGCGUCGCACAUUUUGAGUCCAAAAGGGAGAUCGAAGAGUACUUAAGCGAGAAACACGCCAAUCUUCCCACGACGGUGCUCCGGCCGGUGAGCUUCAUGGAGAACAUCAGCAACGGCGAGACACAAGUGGGAAAGUACAGCAACACAGGCAUGAUGGCCUGUCUCAACAAGCCCAUGCAGUUCAUUGCGACGACUGACAUUGGCGAGAUUGCCGCCCUUGCUUUCGACGAUCCCGGCCAAUAUAUCGGCAAGAAGUUCUCACUGGCCGGCGAUUUCCUCGAUGCGCCCUCUGUGGCCGCCGUCUACCGCAAAGUCAAGGGACACGAGCUGCCCACCAGCUUCGCAAUUCUCGGCAAAGUGGCCAUCUUCGUCUCCAAGGAUCUCCGCACCAUGUUUCGAUUCUUCAAUACCCACGGGUACGCCGCCGACAUUGGAUCCGUGCGAGCCAUUCACCCCGCCUUGAUGGACUUUGAGACUUAUGUUAGACAGGAGCUGUAG